UUCUUUUCGAGCCUUUUGGGAGCCAUUCCUCGCUCCAGGGAAUGCUCUGGAUUUUUUGGGAAUGUUCAUGGGGGGAUGGGGCCAUCCUGAUGCUUCCAUGUCCCUCCAGGUACAAAAACAGGACAGAAACCAGGAAUGUGGGAUUUUUGGGGAAUGCUGAGCCUUCUUUCCAUGCCUUUUGGGAACCAUUCCAGCACUGGGAGAAUUAUUUGGAUGUUUCAGGAAUGUUCAUGUGGGAAUGGGCCCAUCCUGAUCUUUCCAUGUCCAUGGUAAAAAUGCAAGAACAACCAGGAAUGUGGGGGGUUUUUGGGAAUAUCGAUCCCUGCGUUUUCCCAUAGAUGUCAUGGCAGGAAAAACAGAUUGGGAACGCGAGAACAACAGGGAAUGUGGGGGUUUUUUUUGGGAAUGCUGAGCCUUCUUUUCAUGCCUUUUGGCAGCCAUUCCUCGCUCCAGGGGAUGCUUUGGAAUUCUCGGGAACGUUCACGUGGGAAUGGUUCCACCAGAUAAAAACGACAGAACAACCGGGGUUUUGUUUUUUCUUUUUUUUUUUCCUUUUUUUUCUUUUUUUUUUUUUUUGGGAAUGCCGAUCCCUGCGUUCUUCCUGCAGAUGUCAUGGCGGCCGCAGUACCGCAGCUCCAAGUUCCGGAAUGUUUACGGGAAGGCAGCGAGCCGCGAGCACUGCUUCGACGGAAUUCCCAUCACCAAGAACGUCCACGACAACCAUUUCUGUGCCGUCAACGCGCGCUACCUGGCCAUCGUCACCGAGAGCGCCGGCGGCGGCUCCUUCCUCGUCAUCCCGCUGGAGCAGACCGGCCGGAUCGAGCCGAACUAUCCCAAAGUUUGUGGUCACCAGGGAAACGUGCUGGACAUCAAAUGGAAUCCCUUCAUUGAGAACAUCAUCGCCUCCUGCUCUGAGGACACCUCGGUGCGGAUCUGGGAGAUUCCGGAGGGCGGGCUGAAGCGGAACAUGACGGAGGCAGUGCUGGAGCUGUACGGACACAGCCGGCGGGUCGGGAUCGUGGAGUGGCACCCGACCACCAACAACAUCCUCUUUAGCGCCGGCUACGACUACAAGGUGCUGAUCUGGAACCUGGACAUCGGCGAGCCGGUGAAGAUGAUCGACUGCCAUGCGGACGUGAUCCUCUGCAUGUCCUUCAACACCGACGGCAGCCUCCUGGCCACCACCUGCAAGGACAAGAGGCUGCGUGUGCUGGAGCCGCGCUCCGGGAGGGUCCUGCAGGAGGCCAGCUGCAAGAACCACCGUGUCAACCGCGUGGUUUUCCUGGGAAGCACCAAACGGCUCCUGACCACAGGAGUCUCCCGCUGGAACACCCGGCAGAUCGCCCUCUGGGACCAGGAGGAUUUAUCCAUGCCCCUGAUCGAGGAGGAGAUCGAUGGGCUCUCGGGGCUCCUCUUCCCGUUCUACGAUGCCGACACCCACAUGCUGUACCUGGCUGGGAAGGGUGACGGCAACAUCCGGUACUACGAGAUCGGCUCGGAAAAGCCCUACCUGAGUUAUCUCAUGGAAUUCCGCUCCCCGGCUCCGCAGAAAGGGCUGGGGGUGAUGCCAAAGCACGGCCUGGACGUCUCCGCCUGCGAAGUUUUCCGGUUCUACAAACUCAUCACCCUCAAGGGGCUCAUCGAGCCCAUCUCCAUGAUCGUCCCGAGGCGGUCGGAGACAUACCAGGAGGACAUUUAUCCCAUGACUCCAGGCACGGAGCCGGCCCUGACCCCGGACGAGUGGCUCAGCGGGGUCAACAGAGAUCCCAUCCUGAUGUCGCUGAAGGAGGGAUACAAGAGGAAUUCCAAGAUUGUCUUCAAGGCACCGGUGAGGGAGAAGAAGAGCGUGGUGGUCAACGGGAUUGACCUCCUGGAGAACGUCCCGCCCCGCACGGAGAAUGAGCUGCUUCGGAUGUUCUUCCGGCAGCAGGACGAGAUCCGGCGGCUGAAGGACGAGCUCUCGCAGAAGGACAUUCGGAUCCGGCAGCUGCAGCUGGAAUUAAAGAACUUCCGGAACAGCCCCAAGAACAAUUGA